AUGAAAUCAAAGGAAUCAAAGAAAUCAAAGGAUUUGAAGGAAAAUGUAUCGAACGUUGGGACGAAGAAGAAGCAGCGAGAUCUGGCGGAAAAACAGCAGAAUCAACAGCAAACAACAGUUCUGUUACCGGCAAAGCCCUCUAAGGCACAAUCAGUGAAGUCGGCUACAUCGAAGAAAUCGUCAAGGGUACAACUAGAACUUCAACUGCAACAACUGGAGGCUGAGCGGACACUGUUGGACGACAAGAGGAAGCUUAUCGAAAAACAAUACAGCGUACUGCAGGAGCUUGCGAAUCUUGAAGAUGACGAAGUCAAGGACAUAGAUAACGAUGCAGUUGACGGUGAUUCGAAGGUGAAGGGUUGGCUGCGAGACGGAGUUGAUCCAGAUGAGGACGAUAGUACGGACUCAAGCUACGAGUACUCAAGCACCGAAGAUUCAGAAGAAGAAGGCAGAACUGAAGCCACAGAAGAGGAAGAGGAGGCAGAUCCGCGAGCCAACACCAGGAAUUUCAAACCAAUACGACGGUCAACACCCAGGAUUGAUCUAGAAAGCCAUCAGAGGAGAAUCGUUACGCGCAGCAACCAGUUAACCUGUGGCCUGUCUCGUAAUCAACUCGCGGCUCGUCAAGUUGUUGCAAGAGAUCUUCCUAUUUUCACUGGGAAUCCGGAAGAAUGGCCUAUUUUCUUUUCCACUUACGAGAGCACGUCCCGGAUGUGCGGCUACACCAGUGAUGAAAAUAUGAUUCGUCUAAGGAACUGCCUCAAGGGAGAUGCAUUCGCUGCUGUGAAAAGCUUCCUGCUCCAUCCGUCUACGGUAAAUAGAGCAAUGGAUGCUCUCAAGCUGAGAUUUGGGCAGCCACGCUUUGUAAUCCAGUCGCUGAAGAACAAAAUACCCGGAAUGCCUCCGCUGAAACCAGACUCAAUCAACAAGAUGAUAGACUUCGCGUUAGCGGUACAAAAUCUUGAAGCAACAAUUGAUGCCUGCGGUCAGAAGGAACUGAUGCGCGAUUCGUCUCUACUAAGUGAUCUAAUCACCAAGCUUCCAGCUUCAACCAAGCUGGAAUGGGCGCGCCAUACUAGAUGUCUGCGGAAGGUCAACUUGGCGGCCUUCAGCAAAUGGAUUUACGGCAUGGCUGAAGAUGCUUGUUUGGUAGCCGAGCCAGUCAAAAGUCAGGAAGUGCAUCAGGAGGCACACAGAAGACCUAAAGUUUUCUUGAACACUCACACUGAGCAACACAAAACUUGGAGAAAUGAGGAUCAACAAGGUUCGUGGCGCAGCUCACCGAAAUCAACUGGAGUGAAGAGAAAAGAGUCGCAAUGUAUCGUCUGCAGAGGUGUUUGCGUUUCUCUUGCAAAAUGCAAAAGGUUUCAGGAACUCUCAUAUGAUGGAAAGUGGGCAGCGAUUCGCGAAGCUCGAGGUUGUAUGAAAUGUCUGAAGCAGCACAAAGGAGGAUGUGAAUCGAAAGAAUGUGGAGUGAACGGAUGUACCUACAAACAUCACCCCCUGUUACAUAAGGAACUAAAUGCAGAGACGUCGGCGACUGUGAAGCCUUGGCGGGACGUGCAGUACAGUAACACACAUCAGUCAAGUUCAAGCUCCAUUUUGUUUCGAUAUAUUCCGGUCAUAGUUUACGGAAGCGGAAUCGUUGUACAAUGCUACGCCUUUCUAGAUGACGGAUCCUCCAAAACAUUCAUGGACGAAGAGCUAGCGAAGGAAUUGAAUCUUUCCGGUGAGCGCCACCCGCUCUGCCUCAAAUGGACUGGGGGUUUGCACCGUUCGGAGGAUGAGUCACGUAGUGUGCAAUUUGAAAUGUCCGGAUUGAAGGGGAAACGUUUUCAUUCCGAUGAUGUCCGCACUGUGAAGGAGCUGCAACUGCCUUGUCAAACGCUCAACAUGGAGCAAUUGCAAACCGACUACUACUACUUGAAGGGAGUGCCUGUGCAGUCUUAUCGAGAUGUUCGGCCACGUAUCCUAAUAGGCGUUCAGCACGCCAAUGCUACCCUUGUAAGAAAGAGCCGUGAAGGAAAGCCUGGGCAACCGAUCGCCAUCAAAACCAAUCUUGGUUGGACAAUCUAUGGAGGAGCGCCAACUGAUCUAUCCAUAAACAUGGUCCACUAUACAUACCACGUUUCCUGCUGUAAUCAUGAAGCGGGAAUCAGCUCCGACAUGGAUUUGAAUCACGCGGUAAAAGACUAUUUUUCUCUAGAAAACCUCGGUGUUGUAUCGCCAGCAAAGCAGGUCCGUUCGCGUGAAGAUGAGCGGGCCAUGAACCUUUUACUAAAACACACCCAUUACAACGGUUCCAAGUAUGAAUCGGGUUUACUGUGGAGACACGAUGACGUGCAUCUGCCAAACAACAAAGCGAUGGCGCUGAAACGCUUCAACCACCUUGAACGCCGUAAGGAACAUGAUUCUGAUCUAGCUCGAACAGUGAAGGAGAAGUUGAAGGACUACAUUGCGAAAGGCUAUGUUCGUAAACUCACUACCGAAGAACUGUCAGAAAGUCAUGAACGCAUCUGGUACCUGCCGAUCUUCUUAGUAACGAACCCCAACAAACCUGGGAAGUUGAGACUCGUCUGGGAUGCAGCGGCGACGUUGAAUGGAGUAUCUCUGAAUUCGGCAUUGCUCACUGGACCAGAUCUGUUGGAACCCUUGAUACACGUUCUCUACAAAUUCCGCGGGCGACGUUUUGCGAUUUGUGGUGAUAUACGCGAGAUGUUUCACCAGGUCGCAAUCCGCAGGGAAGAUCAGCACAGUCAACGAUUCUUUCUGAGAGACGACUCGUCUCAUAAUGAACCCAGCACGUACGUCAUGCAGGUGAUGACGUUUGGUACAUCCUGCUCCCCAGCGACAGCUCAGUUCGUAAAAAACCAGAACGCAGAACGCUUCAACGAACAGUAUCCCGAAGCUUCACGAGCAAUUGUACGGUGCACCUAUGUCGAUGAUAUGCUGAGCAGCACAGAAACGGAGCAAGAAGCAAUUGAUCUGGCAAAAUCCGUCUGGUUCGUGCACAAUGAGGGAGGAUUUGAAAUUCGGAAUUGGAUGUCCAAUUCUCCCAAAGUUCUGGAAGCGCUUCGUGGUGAUCCAAGCACCGAGAAAAGUCUCGACCUGGCAUCAACUCUUGCAACUGAAAAAGUGCUUGGUAUGUGGUGGUGUACGCAAACCGACUGCUUCACGUACAAAAUAAACUGGAAAAGACUCGGAGAGGACCUGCUAAGUGGCAAACGUUUUCCCACGAAGCGAGAAGUGCUUCGCACUAUGAUGUCCAUCUACGAUCCAUUAGGCUUAAUUUCGCACUACCUCAUCUUCCUGAAAGUGCUGCUGCAAGAAAUUUGGCGAACAGGCGUAGGAUGGGAUGAGAAGGUGAGUCAGCAAAUCUUCAACAAAUGGCAAAUGUGGCUGAAGCUUCUUCCUGGAAUUGAGCGUUUACAAAUUCCCAGGUGUUAUCGACUUCAAACAUCACUCGGACAGCACACACUAGUACAGCUACACACUUUCGUCGACGCCAGCGAAAAUGGAAUGGCUGCUGUGGCGUACCUACGAUUCGAAGAAGCCGGCACAGUCGAAUGCUCGUUAGUUACCGCGAAGACCCGUGUUGCUCCACUUAAAUAUCUCACUAUCCCCAGAUUAGAGCUUCAAGCGGCACUUAGAGGAGCUAGGCUGGCGCAGUCCAUCAUACGCGGUAUAGAUCUCGAUGUGUCCCGUUGUGUUUUUUGGACGGAUUCAAGAAACGCACUCUCAUGGAUAUGUGCAGAUCACCGACGAUACAGUCUGUUUGUGGCUGCACGAGUUAGCGAAAUAUUGGAUCUGACGGCAGUUUCCGACUGGAAAUGGGUUCCCACUAAGUGGAAUGUAGCUGAUGAAGGAACUAAAUGGCAGCGACAACCAUCUUUCACAAACGCUAGUAGGUGGUUUCAAGGGCCUGAAUUCCUUUGGCAACAAGAAGCAGAUUGGCCAAUGAUGCCUGUCCGUAUUGCGGAGACUGCAGAGGAGCUACGUGCCAACGUUCACAUUCAUUAUGAAACGGCAAAGUUGGAGUUUCCAUUCAACAAUUUUCGGAAUUGGAGAAAACUGGCUCGUUCGACAGCAUAUAUUUUUCGGUUUAUCAGAAACACCCGUCCCAAGGGGUUCUCUCGAAUGGAUGGUGGUCUGACAAUGGAAGAAAUCCAACAUGCAGAGAACUUCCAUAUUCGCACCACCCAGCAAGAUACGUUUCAGGAGGAUAUAUCAAUUCUUCGUCGCAAAGGAAACGACGCUGCGCUUCCCAAACGAAGCCCUUUGUUCAAAUUGGUUCCCUUCCUUGACGAUCAAGGAAUACUACGCAUGAAAGGCAGGACAGGAGCAUGCAAGUACGUUUCACUGGACGCAGUCAAUCCCAUCAACCUUCCGCGUGAUCACCCGAUAACGCACAUUAUCAUACGGACUUACCACGACAAAUUUCACCACCACAACCACGAAUCGGUGAUCAACGAGGUUCGUCAAAAGUUCUGCGUUGCACGGCUCCGUCAGAUGUAUGCCAAAGUUAGAUCCGAUUGCCCGCGGUGCAAAUUGAGGGAUGCUCGUCCUAACCCUCCAGCAAUGGCAGAUCUCCCUGCAUGCCGACUAGCCGCGUACAGCUGUCCGUUCACGCACACCGGCAUAGAUUAUUUUGGUCCAAUGGAAGUAUCUGUAGGUAGAAGGGUCGAGAAGCGGUGGGGGGUUCUUCUAACUUGUCUGACAAUACGCGCUGUCCAUAUUGAAUUAGCUAGCUCUUUAACCACUAACUCAUGCAUUAUGGCGAUACGCAAUUUCAUUGCCCGUCGUGGAACUCCAGCUGCAUUUUAUAGCGACAGAGGCACCAACUUCAUCGGCUCUGAACGUGAGCUAAAGCAGGCCCUAAAGACCAUCAACCAGAACAAGCUGGCACAAGAGUUUGUGAGCUCAAAUACUUCAUGGAGUUUCAAUCCCCCGGCUUCUCCCCAUAUGGGGGGGAGUUGGGAACGGCUGGUACAGUCCGUUAAGCGAACAUUGUAUGAAGUUAAGCCAUCAUCAAGGCCGACUGACGAGGAACUGAAGAACGCGUUGAUAGAAGUUGAAGCCAUCCUAAAUGCACGACCACUUACUCAUGUUCCGCUCGAAGAUGAAGCAGCUCCUGUACUCACUCCAAAUCACUGGCUGUUGGGGUCAUCCAAUGGAUUGAAAGCAUGGUCUCUAUUGGACAGCAACUCUAUCGCAUUAAGACGUGGUUGGCAUCAAUCACAAGCCUUUGCUAACCACUUCUGGAAGAGAUGGAUUCGGGAGUAUCUACCGGACCUAACGAGGCGCAGCAAAUGGUUUCAGAAAGUCGCACCCAUCAAGGAAGGAGAUAUAGUUCUGAUCGUUGAUCAGGAAAAUCCAAGAAAUUGCUGGCCAAAAGGACGGGUCAUUGGUACGGUUAACCGAGACGGUCAGGUACGUAAAGUUACCAUUCGAACCGCGAAGGGCGUGUACGAGAGGGCAGCUGUAAACGUAGCGGUUCUUGAUGUCCGAGGCAAGGAGUUAGCAGACUCAGAGGCGGAGUCAGCAAACUAG